GUCAAGAGAGAAUGACAGCUCCUGUGUUCACACAUGAGGUAACUCCAUCUUGGCUCAACGUCAUCCAAGAACCUAACAUGAAUCAGACUUGUGAGGAAAGUGAAGAUUUCAAAUAUUUGGCAUACAAAGUCACGUACAGUGUCGUAUUCCCUAUUGGAUUUAUCAGCAACUCUGUGGCUUUGUUUGUGUUCCUGUGCCGCACUCCAGAGAAGUCGGCCAACACUGUAUUUAUGACUAACUUGGCUAUUUCAGAUGUUGGCUUCUCCUUGACGUUGCCCUUCCGUCUGGUCUACUUUUUUAGGGGCGGUCAGUGGGAUUUUCCAGACUGGUUUUGCCGCUGGUGUGUAUUUUCCUUUUACGUCAACCUGUAUACAAGUGUAUUGUUUCUUACAGGCCUUAGCAUAUUACGGUACAUUGCCGUAGUUCAACCCUUUCGCAACAAGUCUCUGGUUACGAUGCGGAGAGCCAGUCUAUCAUGCUUUGCGAUCUGGAUUUUUGUGGCCUGCUUGUCAACGCCUUUCCUCAUGUCAGGUACUUCAAUGCGGGAUGAAAAGACGCGCUGCUUUGAACCGGGGAACAACAAGUCAUGGAAACGCAUAUUUAUCUUGAACUAUGUGGGGGUUUUGUUUGGAUUUGUCAUUCCGUUCUUCAUCAUUCUCAUCUGCUACGGCUGCAUAAUCUGCAAACUCAUCAAAGGAGAAUAUAGUCAAACGAUGAACACCCGCCGACGCGCUGUGUAUAUGAUCGCCGUUGUCCUGAGCACAUUCCUGCUGUGUUUCCUACCAUAUCACGUCGCUCGCACGGUCCAUCUUCAUGCCAAGGUUUUAGAGAAGAACUGCCAGGUCAUUGAGUUCCUCCUAAAAGGUCUGGUCAUCUCGUUGUGCAUGGCGGCGUCCAACAGUUGCUUCAAUCCCUUGUUGUACUACUUCGCAGGAGAGACUUUCCGCAAGGCCAUCAUCCGUAGAGCGCCACAUCGAAGGACUUUUAGUUUAUUCAAACAGAGUGGUCGUCAACGCCAAAGCAGCUUGCAGAAGUCGAGGCGCCAAAGCUUCACUUCCGUACACCAAGACUGUCUGCCCUGCUCUAUGAACAGCUCCUGCCAGGUCAUAAACAAAAAAAAACCUGAGGGCUGCAAGCCUGAAAACCAAUGCAAGCUGUCUGACUCUGAAGAAAAUUAA